CUGUUGAAGUGAAAUAGGUCUAUUCCAACCUCCUGUAGAAAGAGAAAGCACAUUUCAGAUUUGGAGGAAAGAUUAUGAUUGAGUUCCAAUUAUUCUAGAAGAAGAACAUCUCAAGACUGAUUAGACAACCAUCUCAGACAGGAAAAAGAACUUUCUGCCCUAAUGAGACAUAAAAGGAAGGAUUGCCUGUAAAGACCAAUUUGAGUCAGACAAACUCAUCUCUUUUUUAUUCUGGAAACAAAAAUUGAACAAUGAAUGAAACUCAGCAUUCAAAUACAAGUACCUCAUGCUACGAUAAAGGGCUGGAUAAUGAAGUACUUGUUUUUGCCAUCUUCACUAUGCUUUUUUGUGUUUUGGGGAUGUUGGGGAAUGGAAUUGUCAUCCAAGUACUUGGCUUCUGCAAAAGGAAUACCUUUGCCAUUUACAUCCUCAAUUUGUCCUUUGCAGACUUUGGCUUGCUCACAAUUGAACUGAUUAUAGAAAUACAUUGGCUUGUGACACACUUGUACUGUGACUUUCCCUAUGAAUUGUUCCAAACCAUCUUCCUACUGAUGUACAGCGCUGGUCAGUUUCUACUGACUGUCAUCAGUAUUGACAGAUGCAUCUCUGUCCUCUUCCCAGUUUGGUACCGAUGUCACCGGCCAGGGCACUGGUUCACCACCGUGUCUUCCCUCAUAUGGCUCAUCUCUUUUACUCUCAGUGCCAUUCACCUCACUCUCCUUCUUAGGAAAGUCUUUGGCAACUCUCCCGUGAUGCUCCAAUUUAUGGUAAAUGCUGUGCUUUGCCUCCCACUCAUGACUAUCUCCAGCCUGAUCCUGUUCAUCAAAGUCUACUUCAUAUCAAAACAUCAAAGGCGGGGAAAACUUUUACUCGCAAUCCUGCUUACUCUUAUGUUCUUCCUGAUCCUGGCUUUUCCACUGAAUGUCUUCUACUUUAGCAAUUAUGUUGGCCAAGGAGUACACCCCAACCUUGUGCAUUACGGCUACUUGUGCACAUGCAUAAACAGCACCAUUAAUCCACUGAUCUAUUUCAUGGUUGGGAGACAAAAGAUGGGCAAAAUUAAGAAGACCAUGAAGGAAAUACUCCAGAAGGUUUUCAAGGAGGAGGAAGAGAUUUCAGAAGAAAUGGAGACCUCUGAAUGUAAAAUAUGAUUGUUCAAAAAGGUGAAUGUUUGACCUUCAUGCAGGUGGUAGUACAUUACAAUGCACAUGGCAGCUUCUGAAUGGGCACAGGCUUUGAACAUUGCAAAUGAACAAUUGGUUGUCAGCUAAAACAUUAAUCAUUGAUCCAUAUACAUUGGUAUUCAGCUUGGGACUGCAUAUUGUAAACCCACUGGUUGAACAUAGUGUGUGGCUUAACUUCCUGUAUCAAGAAGCAUCUCAUAUCUUUAAAAAGCCAUGUAGUUACUGUUGUGUCUAUGAAAUGUUUUAGAUGACAUAUCCCAUCAUCCCAAGUCUAGCAGCCCUAGUAAGUCUUGUGAGCUUUAGAUAUCCGCUCUCAGCAGUUAAGUGCCAGGAGAUUAUGAUUCAUCAACAGUAUCUUGCCCAAACAUGUGUAGAUGUUUCCUGAGCUUGAAAAGAGAAAGAGAUAUGCAUGACAAUAUCAUGUUUUUAUAAAAUAUGCAGAAAGAAUAACAUUUCACUACCCAGCAAAUACAUUUUCUGUCCAGACAGAUUUUCAGCAUCUAAUGUAUUUGAAGCUGAUCUGGGUGUUUUAUUUGGUGGGCGCACUUCUAUUGCCUUUUUAUUUGUGUAUAAUUACUUUUUCAUAUUUAUCUCUUGUGUUUUUAAUGCAUGGUUUGCUAUUUUAACGGUAAUGCUGUAAUGAGCUUUUUAUUAUAUAUACUCAUAUCUUGUGUAUAUUUGUAUAUUUUCACUGUUUACUGUCUUGAGCACUAAUAUGUGUAGAUAUGAUAAAUUAAAUAUGCCUUCAAAUUAAUCUCUGUAAACACAGUUAAUAAAGCAACAGGAGAAGAUUGAUGUGAA